AUGUCCACGCAGAAUACCGUCCUUUUGAAAACCCAAGAGAAUUGGAAGGAAUGGAACACGCAGUUUGAAGGUUUAGCCAGAGGCAAGAAUUUAUGGGGAAUUAUUACUGGCGAUGAACAAGAGAUUUUAAAGCCAGCACCACCUACCGAUGACACUUUGGCACCACCAGCUGGAAGUACACGAUCAACAAAUCCUACCUCCCUUGCUGAUCGACAAUUUGCUUGGACUGUUUACAAAAGCCUUCGUGACGACUAUAUUCUUCAACAAACUGAACUAAGCAAACUGCGGGAGUGGAUGCAGAAGACUAUUUCUCCACAAGUGUAUGAAUAUUGCUGCGAUCCAGAGGAUUCGAUGAAGGAAUGGUACGCCAAACUAAAGCAACGGGUGGGAAUUGAUGAUGCCACAGUCAAGAAACUUGCCCGCGAAGCGUAUAAAAAGGCCAUUAAACCUGUCACAAGACCGUCGGGAUUGGCUGCAACCACAAGUGACUGGAUUGAGGAUUUCCUGAAUGCUGUACGGACUUUAAACCCGGUAUGGGCAACCUCAUAUGAGAUUGCUAAGAGUAAGGAUAUUGAAUCAGACAACCUGACAUUCAGACUGGUAGCACAAGACUUCCGAAAAGGUUUGGAUACCAAAUUGAUUCAACAGAGCAGCAAUAUUGCCAAAGGGUCAUUUGGUCCAACCUUUGAUGCUGAAAGCUAA